GUCUUCGCUCGAAGUUCACCAUGUGGUGGAAUUGGGAAUUGGAAACAUGUUCCUAGAAAUAAGUUCUACCGUUCAGACCGGAAAGCUUCUGAGGCUUCCGUCAUCGCAAGCCAUAGUAGGAAUAUACGGAUGGCGGAAGCGAUGUCUCUAUUGCUUUAUUCUUAUUCUAACUAUAGUGAUCGUACUCAAUUUGGCCUUAACUGCUUGGAUCAUGUCAGUGUUGGAUUUCUCAACGGAUGGUAUGGGUGCGUUGAAAAUUCAAGAAGAUGGUAUUCGAGUUGAAGGCAGGGCACUAUUUGAUAAGCCUGUUUCGUUUUCACAGCUCAGCACUGUGAGGGAUGAAGCGCUCUUCAUAGAUUCAGCUCGGGGUAUACACAUGCAAGCACGUAACGCUAGCGGCCACGUCUCGUCCCGAUUAUCACUUACGUCCGACGGGAAAACGCAAGCAAUUUGCGAUCGAUUCGAGGUGUUCGAUCCGGAUAAUCGACUGCUAUUUUUCGCAGAUUCAAAGGAAAUCGGCCUCAAACUGGAAAAUUUACGCAUAUUAGGCGCUAUACAGACAGCGUUACUGCAACCUGAACCAGACACUCCUCUCAGAUUGGAGUCUCCAACCCGGAGCGUUUCCGUGGAUGCAGCUCAAGAUAUUGAACUGAUGGCUGGCGCUGGUGAGGUGCGAGUAAACACGCUUCUAGAUGUCUCCCUAUCGUCGAAACAGGGUGAAAUCCGUUUUGAAUCCGCCAAUAUCUUUAUGGACGGCCAGCCGCGAAGUGCAGGUCGUGGCGCUCCUCAGCUGCAACUCUGUGUGUGUCAUAGUGGACGACUUUUUCUCGCUACUCAGUCGGCCGACUGUCGAGCCGAUCGGAAUAUUUGCCAAUAA